GUGGGUGUAAACUCAAACUGAGCUCUCACUCUCACUCUCUUCUCUUCUCCUUCAUUGAGGAAGUUGACUCGUACGAGCUGCACAGAACGUAAAGGUGAGACUCUGAGGGGCGUGGCCUAAAUACAACCUUCAUAAAUACACUGCAUCCGGCUGGAAGAAAAAUGAGCAGCGAAGGGGCAAACGGAAAGAGCAGCACACCAAUAUCCAAGAAGUCCAAAAUGAGCGGGGAUACCUCGAACCUGCACACCGAGGGCAUCCCUCCGGACACGCUCAGUAAGGUGCAGGAGUACCUGGAGCGUUUCCAUCUGUCUCAGGAGAAGCUGCAGGAGGUUUCUGCUCGGCUGAGGAAGGAUCUGGUUCGAGGUUUGGGGAAACACAGUCACCACAAGGCCCCCGUCAAGAUGCUGCCCACCUUCGUCAGGGCCACACCGGACGGGACCGAGAAAGGCGACUUCCUGGCUCUGGAUCUUGGUGGAACAAACUUCCGGGUGCUUCAUGUCCGUGUGGUGGAGGAGGAGCAGAAAGUUCUGAAGAUGGACAGUCAGAUCUGUGCCAUCCCGAAAGAGAUGAUGCUGGGACCUGGAGAACAGUUGUUCGACCACAUCGCCGCCUGUCUCAGUGACUUCCUCGUCUCUCAGAACCUGAAGGGACAAACUCUUCCUCUGGGCUUCACCUUCUCCUUCCCCUGCGAACAGAAAGAAAUCGACAAGAGCAUCCUGAUCCGAUGGACCAAAGGUUUCAACUGCUCCGGAGUGGAGGGCAAAGACGUGGUGAAGUUACUGAAGGAGGCCAUUCACAGGAGAGGGGACUAUGAUAUAGGCUCAGUUGCCAUGGUGAACGACACGGUGGGCACGAUGAUGAGCUGCGGCUACAGAGACCAGAGCUGUGAGAUCGGCAUGAUCAUUGGUACAGGAACCAACGCCUGCUACAUGGAGGAGAUGAGGAACGUGAAGCGGGUGGAGGGCCUUGACGGGCGGAUGUGCAUCAACACGGAGUGGGGCGGCUUCGGAGACGACGGCUCCCUGAAAGACAUCCAGACGGAGUUUGACGUCGUGGUGGACGAGAUGUCCAUCAACCCCGGAGUCCACACCUUUGAGAAGAUGAUCAGCGGCAUGUAUUUGGGAGAAAUCGUCAGGCUUCUGCUGGUGAAGCUGACGGAGGACAAGCUGCUGUUUAAGGGACAGACGUCGGAGGCGCUGCUGACCCCGGAAGCAUUCAAGACAAAGUUCAUCUCUGAGAUUGAGGAGCGGGCCAACGGUCUGGAAAACACGCAGAAUAUUCUGACCAAGUUGGGAUUGAAAUGGGAUUUGGUCGACUCCCACCUGGUGCGUCUGGUCUGCGACGCCAUCUCCUCGCGCUCGGCUCGUCUGUGCAGCGCUGCCCUGGCAACCCUCGCCAACCGUAUCCGUGCCAACCGCAAGCUGGACCAUCUGAAAACCACCGUGGGGGUGGACGGGACGGUCUUCAGAAAACAUCCCAAUUUCAGCGAGGAGCUCCAGGCGACGGUGCGCCUCCUCGCCCCAGAGUGUGACAUCACCUUCCUCGUCUCGGAGGACGGCAGCGGGAAGGGCGCUGCCAUGGUAACGGCUGUGGCGCAGCGGCUGGCCGAAGAGUCCCGCCUGUUGGAGGAGAGUGACGGAGAGGUCGAUGAAGAGGAGGAUGAAGACGAAUAGAGAGUGGGAUACAGAUGGUGCCCAAUUAUUUUUUUCAGGGUUUUUUUAAAGCCAGUAUUCUGAUACAGCUGGAUUUGUUAACAUUAUAAAUAAGUAAGUUUUGCUUCUGCACAUCAGUGACUCAAACUUACUUUUAGUUAAAUUACUUUUUUAAUUUUUCUGUUAUGGGAAUGGCAAUGUCCUUUUCUACUCCUCUUCUAUCUCAAUGGUGCCUGCAAAGACGGAGAAAAAAGAAAAAUAGGAAACAUGGAUGUAAACAAUGCAAUAUGUAAAAUACAUUGCAAAUGUUUUCAUGAGGAAAUGCAUUCAACAUGUUUUAUGAGACCUGAAGUAUUCACACAUUUACUUUUUGUGAGUAACACUGACUGUAAACUUUUGUUUGUUUACAAGAAAACUCAACAGUGCACCUUUAGGACAAAGAAAUGAAAUGCAGUGAGUCACCUCAUCAAUAAAUGAUGGAGACAAAUUUGUAAUAAUAAUAAUUUGCAGAAUAAUUAUGCAUGCUGAUUACAUGUUUUCACCCAAGGAGCCAAAAGUAUUAGGAAGAAUUUGAUUUAAAAAAAUAGAAGUGAUUGAUUGUCAAAUAAUUAUAUAAAUAGAGGUAAGACGAUUUUUCAUGAAUUACAUUUUUAUUAUCCUAUCUGUGUCAUUCAUCAGUUAUUAAUCAUCCACAUUCACCAUUUAUCAGAGGGUGAACAACCUCCAGACAAAUGCAGUUUUAAAAAAAAAGAAAUAAUUAUAAUAGUCAUUCAAUUUAAACCAGUUUAAAUGUUUUGAUGUGUUUACUUGACUCCAUUUCUGUUUUUCUUGAUAAUGUGGAUGAGCUGAAGCCCCACAACAAAUAAUCCCCCCCAAAAAAGAUGUUUACUGAAACAGAAAAACAUCCGUUUACAUACUUCUGGGAAGCAGAUUUAUCUAAAACUUUAGGUUCUUACAACCAAAAAUCCCUUUUUCACAGUCGGUGUUCAACUUUUGUAAGCAGCUGAGAUGACAGAGACGGUAAAGGACAUUAAAUAUAGAAAAUAUGUACAAACAAUUAAUUAUGGAUUUUAGGGUGAGUGGAAAUGUGUUUUUCUUGGGUUUGCACUAUUUGAUGAAUUUGCACUUCUUUAAAGAAAGAAAGAUGGUUUCCUAACGGGCCAAUCAGAGCUUGGAUGUAUUGCUACAUAAGAUCAGCAGUCGACCAAUGUUCUUGUAUUUUGAGAGAAUGUCUUUUAGGUCCCUUCAGUGGUUUUGUUUCUGCACUGUAAUGAACAAAACGAGCCUCGUGGGUGCCAAUCCUCUCUUUUGCUUUAAGAAGUUACUUGAGCUCCGUACAGAUGCUGCAGGGCAACUAUUUUGUGACGCUAAAUUCACAGCUGGUGUUGCUGCAAAACUGCUGCUUUAAUUACCGUCUGAAGCUUGUUGCGACUGGAGCCUCGAUCAGAUGUGGACAAAAGCCCAAGAACAGGAAGGGGUGAGGUGUUGAUGAAUUUAUGACUUGAAACCUGCUAACCACAGUUUAUAUAUAUAUAUAUAUAUAUAUAUAUAUAU